GCCGCGGAGCGACAUAAAAGUCCGUGGGCGCGGGCUGGUCCGGCCAGUCUGAUCCGAUUCCAGAGCACCACUACUCGACCAGUUAGCGGCAAACCAGAUGUGCUCCUAAUACUGACCGCGUUUAUCAAGUGACGUGCUGAUGAAAGUGCACUCUCAGAGACGGUUACUACGAUGAGUUCGCCACUGAAAGCGCUGGUGGAAUUCCUGCGGCUCAUCUACGCCAAGUGUUACCGGAAGGUGGUCCGAGAAUGCAACCACGCCAUGAGUUACGCUAUACGACGGCUGCUUCGGGCAGCGAUGUGCGUCUUUAGCUGGUUCGUGGUGCCCUACUCGCAGUGCGUCAGUGGCCGCAUAGCACGCCGCAAACUACCGCCCAUCGAGGACCCGCUCCUGCUGCUGACCGCCACCGAGCUCGCCGACCGCAUUCGCUCCGGACGCGUGAAGAGCGAACAGGUGGUCCAGACGUACGUUCAACGCUGCCGUCAGGUUAAUCCGCUCCUAAAUGCGAUCGUCGAGGAUCGCUUCGAGGCCGCCCUGGAGGAAGCGCGCAACACCGAUCGCCUGCUGGCCGAAGGAUCGUUGGGGACGCCGGAAGAGCUGGCCCGCGACAAACCGCUGCUCGGGUUGCCGGUGUCGAUCAAGGAAAGUCUGGCCGUGGAGGGCAUGAGCAAUACGGCGGGCCGGAUACUGCGUGACAAGAAGGUCGCUCUGAGCGAUGCACCGGUCGUCCGGCAAAUCAAGCGCGCCGGCGGGAUCGUGCUGCUCGUGAGCAACACACCCGAGCUCUGUCUAUGCUGGGAAACGUACAACAACUGCACCGGCCUGACACGGAAUCCCUACAACCUGCAGCGUACGGCCGGCGGGUCGUCCGGGGGCGAGGCGGCCCUGAUUGCUGCGGCCGGUUCGCUACUCGGCGUCACCACCGAUAUCGCCGGCUCGUCCCGACUGCCGGCCCUAUUCAACGGCGUGUUCGGUCACAAACCGUCCCCGUACGUCGUCUCACCAUUCGGUCACCAUCCGUCGUGUGACGACGAGAAUUGGGGGAGCUUCUUCACCCCCGGCGCCAUGUGCCGGUACGCCGAGGACCUGCCGCUGUUGCUCGGAGCCAUGCGCGACCCGGAAGGGACACCCGUCACGCUGGACAAACACGUGCCGCUGGCCGCGAUCAAGUGUUACUACAUGGAGAACGAUGGACCGUCGGGGCUGACCCGUCCGCUCGAUGCCGACAUUGUGCGCGCCAUCCGCGACGUGGCGGCCCACCUGAACGCGCAGCGCGUCAACCUGAAGCGGCUCCGCUGGACGCUGGACAUUUCGAUCUGCAAAAUGCUGCGCAUGAAGAACAUCGAAACGAUCUACAGCCCACAAGCGAACGGGAAGCCGGCGACCACGAUCAAGCGCGAGGUGCUCAAGUAUCUGCUCGGGCGCUCCAAGUCCGACCUACCGUCGGUCAUGAUCGGGCCGAUGCAGCACAUCAUCAACCACUACAUUCCCCAGUCGCGGCUCGACUUUCUCGACGCCCAGACUGAGAAGCUGCGCCGGGACUUUAUCGAUCUGCUCGGCACCGACGGCGUGUUUAUCUAUCCCGGCUUCCCGAACACGGCCCACCGGCAUUACCGCAUCUUUCACAAGCUGGUCGAUACGACGUACAUGAUGGUGUUUAACACCGUCGGACUGCCGGCCGCCUCCUGCAUGGUCGGACUCGAUCACGACAAGCUACCGAUCGGUGUGCAGGUCGUUGCCGCCCCGGGCCAGGAUCAUCUCAUCUUCGCGGUGGCCAGAGAGCUGGAGCGACGGUUCGGGGGCUGGGUUCCACCGCCAUCGGCCGAGUGAAGUGAAGCGCAACACAACCCGGACCACCGCCCCGGGGACAGCCCGUCAGAUUGUGAUCCUUUCGAGCUUAGGACUAGGUUGCUGUUAGACAUGUUGACCUUACGUUACGUGUACAUUAUCGUUGCGUUUUGUUUUUUUGUUGGACAACCCUCCGAUUGCGAGUUCUUCAGCAAUGAGGUGCGCUUCUUCAGUCGAGUUAUGUGUCCUUCCUUCGUCAGCCUUCGUUUCCGGAUGGUAUGAGACGCAUAGGAUCUCCGACGGCCGUUACAAGACAGCCCGCAGGCUCACUGAAUGGUGAAACUGGCCUUGUAUUACAUAUAUCGUUAAUAAGUUCGUAACUCUAGUUAAUCUGAGACUGUACGGUAGAAGGGAUACAAUGUUAAACAUUACAGAUACAUCAUAGUCCCCACUGGA